GGGCUCUUCCGGGGCCGCGGCCGGCUGCCCCUCCGUGGCGGGCGGCCGGCAUGGAGCCCCCGCGCCGGGCGGCGCCUCCGGGGGCGGCGGGGCGGGCGGGGCGCGGGCGGCGCCUCCGGGGGCGGCGGGCGUGAGCCCCCCGGGCGCCAUGGCCCAGAGCAGCCUGCUGCGGGGCAAGCCGUUCCACUGCCGCGACUGGGCCUUCCAGCGCCUGCAGCUGUGCCUGCAGGAGCGCGGCCGCCCCGCCAGCCCCGGGCCCGGGCCCGCCAAGGCGGCGGGCGUGCUGCUGCUGGGCGGCCCGGGCAGCGGCAAGACGGCGCUGUGCACCGAGCUGCUGUGGCCCAGCUCGCCCGCCGGCCUGCAGCGCGGCCUGCACCGCCGGGCGCUCGCCUUCCACUUCUGCCGCGCGCAGGACGCCGCCACGCUGUGCGCCGGGGCCUUCGUGCGGGCGCUCGUGGCGCAGAUCCGCCGCUGCGCGCUGCUGCGCGGCUACGAGGAGCGGCUGCGGGACCCGGCCGUGCAGAGCCUGCUGCAGCCCGGCGAGUGCGAGCGCGACCCGGCCGAGGCCUUCAAGAGGUGCGUGCUGCUGCCGCUGCUUGGCCUGGAGCCGCCCACGCAGAGCCUCUUCCUGCUGGUGGACUCGGUGGACGAGGGCUGCGCCCCGGCCGAGGCGGAACCCACGGCCGCCAGCUUCUCCGGGACCCUGGCCGAGCUGCUCGCCGGCCACCACGAGCUCUUUCCGCCCUGGCUGCUGCUGCUGUGUUCGGCGCGCAGACAGAGCAAGGCCGUCGCCAAGAUGUUCUCGGGUUUCCGGAGGAUAAGCCUGGACGACCUGCGCAAGGCCCACAUCGUGAAGGACGUCCAGCAGUACAUCCUACAGCGCCUGGACCAGGAGGAGGCGCUGCGGCAGCACCUGACCAAGGAGACGGCGGAGAUGCUGAACCAGCUGCACAUCAAGAGCAGCGGCUGCUUCCUGUACCUGGAGCGCGUGCUGGACGGCGUGGUGGAGAACUUCAUCAUGUUGCGCGAGAUCCGCGACAUCCCGGGCACGCUUAACGGCCUCUACCUCUGGCUGUGCCAGAGGCUCUUCGUGAGGAAGCAGUUCGCCAAGGUGCAGCCCAUCCUGAAUGUGGUGCUCGCCGCCUGCCGGCCGCUGACCGCGAAGGAGCUAUACCACGCCGUGUGGACCAGGGACACGGCGCUGUCCCCGGAGGACUUCCAGCGCAAGCUGCACGUGCUCUCCAAGCUGCUGGUGGACGGGCUGGGCGACACCAAGAUGCUGUUCCACGACAGCUUCGCCGAGUGGCUGCUGGACGUGAAGCACUGCACGCAGAAGUACCUGUGUAAUGCCGCCGAGGGCCACCGCAUGCUGGCCAUGAGCUACACAUGCCGGGCUGCCAGCCUGACGCCGCUGGGCGCGCAGGAGUUCGCCUGGCACCUGGUGAGCUCCAACUUGCAGCUGGCCCCGGCCGAGCUGGCCCUGUGGAUGGUGUGGACGGGCGCGCCCGUGCGGGAUGCGCUGCGCGCGCGGCUGCCCAAGGAGCAGGAGGUGCUGCGACUGUUGGUGAAGGCAGGCGCCCACGUGAGCGGCGAGGACGCGCACGCUGCCUGCCUGGCCCGCCAGGCGCCGGAGCGGGAGGACUCGGUGCGCUCGCUGCUGGACGGCGGCGCCUCCGUCAACCAGCGUGACGCGGCGGGCAGGACGCUGCUGGCCAGUGCUGCCUACGGCGGCAGCCUGGACACCGUCAGCCUGCUGCUGGCCCGGGGCGCGGAGCUGGAGGCGGAGGACGCCCAGGGCCACACGGCGUUGACGCUGGCCGCCCGCCAGGGCCACACCAAGGUGGUGAGCUGCCUCAUCGCCCGCGGAGCCGAUGUCCACCACACCGACCGCGACGGCUGGACGGCACUGCGCUCGGCGGCCUGGGGCGGCCACACGGAGGUGGUGUCGGCGCUGCUGCAGGCAGGCGUGAAGGUGGACUGCGCGGACGCCGACAGCCGCACGGCACUGCGGGCGGCAGCCUGGGGUGGCCACGAGGACAUCGUGCUGGAGCUGCUGCAGCGCGGUGCCCAGGUGAACCGUGUCGACACCGAAGGUCGCACCGCGCUCAUCGCCGCCGCCUACAUGGGCCACCGCGAGAUCGUGGAACGCCUGCUGGAGCACGGGGCCCGUGUGAACCACGAGGACGUGGACGGCCGCACGGCACUGUCUGUGGCCGCACUCUGCGUGCCCGCCAGCCGGGGUCACGCGGCCGUGGUCAGCCUGCUGGUGGAGCGGGGCGCCGAGGUGGACCACUGCGACAAGGACGGCAUGACGCCGCUGCUGGUGGCCGCCUACGAGGGCCACGUGGACGUCGUGGACCUACUGCUGGAGGGCGGCGCUGACGUGGACCACGCUGACCACAACGGGCGCACGCCACUGCUCGCGGCCGCUGCCAUGGGCCACGCGGCCGUGGUGGACACGCUGCUGUUCUGGGGUGCAGCGGUGGACAGCAUCGACGGGGAGGGCCGCACCGUGCUGAGCAUCGCGGCCGCGCAGGGCAGCGUGGACGUGGUGCGCACGCUUCUGGACCGCGGGCUGGAUGAGAACCACCGCGACGACGCGGGCUGGACGCCCCUGCACAUGGCCGCCUUUGAGGGCCACCGGCCCGUGUGUGAGGCGCUGCUGGGCCAGGGCGCACGCGCCAGCGAGACAGACAAUGACGGACGCACGCCCCUCAUCCUGGCCGCGCAGGAGGGCCACUGUGACUGUGCGCGGCUGCUGCUGGACGCGGCGACCAACGUGGACCACCGCGGCUACGACGGCCGCAACGCGCUGCGCGUGGCCUCGCUCCAGGGCCACCGCGACGUGGUGCAGCUGCUGCUGGCCCGCGGCGCCGACGCCAACCUCAGGGAUGCCGACGGCCGGCCCACGCUCUACAUGCUGGCGCUGGAGAACCAGCCGGCCAUGGCCGAGUGCCUGCUGGACGGCGGCGCGCACGUGGAGGCCUGCGACACCGAGGGCCGCACGGCACUUCACGUGUCCUGCUGGCAGGGCCACCUGGACGUGGUGCACAUGCUGCUGGCCCACCAGGCGGACGUGAACGCCGCCGACCGCGAGCAGCGCUCGGCCCUGCAGUCGGCCGCCUGGCAGGGCCACAGCCAGGUGGUGCGGCUGCUGCUGGAGCGCGGUGCACGUGUGGACCAUGCCUGUAGCCAGGGCGCCACAGCGCUGGGCAUCGCGGCGCAGGAAGGACACCUGGACGUGGUGCGCGCGUUGCUGGAGCGCGGGGCCGACCCCGCCCACGCCGACCAGUUCGGACGCACAGCUGUGCGCGUGGCCGCCAAGAACGGGCACACGCAGAUCCUGGAGCUGCUGGAGGCCUACGGUGCGGGGCCGGGCGGCACGUCGCCCAUACAUACCCCUGAUCCCCGCCCGCCCGCCCGCCCAGGCCAGGCGUCCAGCGGCUCAGGGAGCACCGGCGACGCCCAGCCCUCACCCCGAGCCCUGGCCGCCGGGCCGGCCCAUGCCUUCAGCUCGCCGUCCGAGUCUCCCGACUCCACCGUGGACCGCCACAAGUCCUCUCUGUCCAACGCCUCGCUCAAGAGCUCCCAGAACUCCUCCCUGCGCACCUCGUCUUCCACGGCCACGGCGCCCACCGUGGCGCUGGACAGCCUGCCGGGCCUUAGCUUCACCGAGCAGAUCCAGCAGCACUCCCUGCCGCGCUCCCGCAGCCGCCAGUCCGUCGCGUCGCCCUCGUCCACCACUCACUCGCUGGGCCACGGCCACAGCUCACCCGGCAGCGAGAGCGAGUGGGGCCAGGUCAAGCCCAGCCUGAAGGCCAAGGGCGGCCGCGCCGGCAGGGCCAAGCAGAGCCAGGCGGCGCAGCCCCGCGCCCCGGAGUAUGAGAUGACGCCGCUGGACCCCAGGGGUGGUGGGCCCCCCCGGGCGCCUCCCACCGAGCCACCCUGCCAGGGCGGGGGGCCCUCGGCCCAGCAGGACGGGGGCCGCUCCCCACCGCCGCCGCCCCCCAUGCAGGGCGGGGAGCACAAGAGGCGCAACGGCAUCCUGACCAACCCCAACUGCCACCUGCAGAGCGCGCAGGGCUUCCUGGGCCGCCUCACGGCCCCGCGGGCGCAGGAGGUGCUGGAGGGCUACCCCUCCCCCGAGGCUGAGCUCAGCCUGAAGCAGGCCCUGCGGCUGCAGAUCGAAAGCUCAGACCCCAGUUUCAGCUACAAGAAGGAGACGCCUCUCUGACAGUUUCCGUGGUGUGAGACAGACAUCACAUGACUGGCCAGAAAUGGGAAAGGCCUGUUGGCCGACGGAAGAGAAGAGGAAGACAAUUCUGCGGCCAGUUGCCUGCCACGUGCUCUCCCAGGCGGCAUUCUCAGCCCCGUGGGUCACCGCCCCCGAACAAGCGCGUCUGGAGGUCCCCGUGUCUCGGGGACGCUGGGCCAAGCACUUCCGGUCCGUUUGAUCACUGUGUAUGUCCGGCCGUGUAUGGACAGCUGGCGAUCUAGUAUUUAUUUUCCCCUUGUGGCAAAUGAAAUGUAGCACCCGUCACCUCCACAUUGUAACGUGCGACUCGUUUCUUGUAUCUAAAUGUCGCUCAAUAAAGCAGAUGUCCAUCCAGGUCUCUCCUGUCCACUGCGCCCUCAGCAUCGCUCAACACGGAGGCUGCUUGGCGCCACAGUGCCGUGAGAAAGUGCUUGGCCAACGGGGCUCUCAAGAAGGGUUUCUGGGGCUCGAGCUCCGAGCCUGAGCUGUGGUUAAGCGUCAGGAAGAAGCCAGACUGGGCAGCACAAGAGCUGUCUUCAGGGCUGUCCUCUGCCCAGGGACAGCUCACGGUGCUGGCGCAGCCCCUCCACUGCCCCACUGGCUCCUCUUUGCUCCACUCGCCAGGGUGAGAGGCCAGUGGGGUGCGUUGCUGGUGGCCGUCCCUGCGUCCCCGUGGCCGAGCCACGCGAGGUGCUUCUGCUGCUGCUUGCGAAGCCCGGUGAUGGGCUUGCUCUGCUCACAUACUAGCUGCUUCUUUGGGUGUCAGGUGAGGUGAGUGGAGACCAAGACGCACAGAGCUGACUGGCUGAGGGCGCACUCUCUGGGCCAGGGCUGUGCGCACAGUGACCCGAGCCCCCAGCACUAGGGCUGUGCCCACCGUGACCCCCAGCCCCAGAGCUCUGUUCUCUUGUGCGUUUGACCAGGAGGAGGACCUGGAGGGCACCAGCGUGGUGACUGGGUCUUCAGGAAGACGGACGCAGAGGCAUGUCUCCCCAGAGCUUCCCUGUGACGCUCUCACGUGCUUUUGUCUGUUAGUCUGUGAGCAAGAGCUGCUUGAGGUGAGGGAGCAGGUGAGUUGAGCUGUUCAUGGGUGUGGAGACACUGGAAUGUGAAUGUCUUGAGUGCUGACUCUGUCCCCGCGGGAAACUGACUGCACUCAGUAGGACUCUGGCGGCGUGGGAAACUGACUGCACCCAGUAGGACUCUGGCGGCGUGGCCGUAACCGUGCCCGUGCCGGUCUUGCUCCUGAGCAUGUGCCUGCGGUGACCGGCCCACUCCUGUCAGACAUGGGAGAGGAAGCUUGGGCUUCUCACCUAGGUGUUUUUUUCUUUAGAAAGAUGACCCUGCAAGCUACCGGUUUUUCUGUUAACCCUCAAUUAUUGGAGUCGUAUUUAUUUAAUUUUAUUGUUUUACAAGACCGCACCUUGUGAACACAAGGCAUGAUUCUGACUCAUUAAGACUUUUUUUUUUUCCCCCACAGAGCCAGUAUAUAUCUGUGCUAGAGACACUUGAAACAGUUGGUAGAAAGAGAACCUGUUGGAAAAAUAGGAGUUUCAAAAGUUCGCCUUCUUCAGGGUGUGUGUGUGUUGUUGGACACGGGCACUGAGCUAAGGCAGGACCGGUGGGUGCUUGCAAGGAUCUUGUGGCUGCAAUGGCUGCCAGUCCGUUGAGGGUGUGUGGGGGGGCACCCCCAGUAAGAAAACUCCUGAGAGUGGUCUGGGAGGUGGCACAGUGAUAAGAGCUUUGGACUCAAGCAUGAGGUCCCAAGCUCGAUCCCUGGCAGCACAUGUGCCAGAGUGAUGUCCGGUUCUUUCUCCUUUCUCCUAAAUAAAUAAAAUCUGAAAAGAAAAAAGACAACUUCUGAGAGAGCUAUCUUUUCAAUAAGAUGUCUGAAUUUUGUGACAUAUCUGAUGCCACUGUCUGGUGCCAAGUGUGGAGGUGGCCACAGCAGCUGGCAUUUGUUGGGAAAGGAGCUGCCUAGGGUGCUACGUGGAGUCAGUCCAGCCAGCCAGCACCCUCACCAAGCUCUGUUCAGUCCUCACCAAAAAUGGUUCACACUAGAGAAAGCUCAGGACUGUUUUCUGUUACCCGACUAAGCGAAUGUCUGUUUGUUCAUGCUCCACCUAGAGCCCUUUAUUCCCCCCUUUUCUGGGUUGUGUAAGUUGCCUACAGUGGACACUGAACUCUCAGUGUCAAUUUUUUAAAUUUUAUUUCUUGUAUUAAGCAGCAAUCCAUGUAUAUGGAAGCACAGAAUAAAUAUAUUUGCUUGAGAGACACUAAUCUUGUUUUCAGUUCCCUUGAACCAUAGAAAAAUGCAGAUGUGCUCACAGUCACAACUCAGCUUCACAGCAUGGACUUAAAUCCCGAAGCAGACUUGGGAAAUGUCUUACAAAGAACAAGCAGAUACAAAGCCUUCCUUGAGGAAGUUGGAAACGCAAGAGGGUGGGCGUAUGCUGUCUGCUUCUACAAGCCUUGGUGGUUCCUGUGCCCCGUCUGGUUCUCACUGUGUGGGGCUGUGCGUGGCGAGCCUUGGCCGUCAGAACAUUGUGGUCACUCGACUUUUGAUAUUUUAAGGGUUUUAUGGAAAAUGGCCUUUCAUUUUCUAAAUAAACUUAAGCAUUCAGUAAACUUGA